ACAAAACAAAGACCAUUAUUCCACUAACUCACCAUAAUUGCCGCUUCAUAUUAUUCCUAUAAAAACCAUAAUGAUCAUUUAACAUAAUUCAAAGCAAUAUACAAAUAUCACAUACAAAAAAUGGACUACUACAAACUCUUCUUCCUCUUUUUCACAGUUUCGAUCAACUUCUUACUACUAAUCUCAUCAUCUCCAAUUGCUAAUACUUAUAACUACACCUUACCACCAAGCAGGCCUGUUACACCAGACUACAUUUGCAAAUUCACACCAUACCCAACUUCAUGCAAAUCACUCCUCCCAAACAAAACCUCUAAUGUCUACGAUUUCGCCCGCUUUACUAUCUUCAAAUCUUUAUCUCAGACUCUCCGUUUCCAAACUUUAGUAAACAAAUUUCUUCACCUCGGGGCCGGGUUGCCUAAACCAACGGUUGCCGCCCUCGAGGAUUGCCAAUUCCUCGCGGGCCUAAACGUCGAAUACCUAUCGAGUUCAUUGGGCUCCAUCAACGCCACACACAGUGCUCUACCUGGUUGGAAAACAGAAGACAUCCAAACACUCCUUAGCGCGAUUUUAACUAACCAAGAGACUUGCUACGACGGCCUUAAAUCGACAACUUCUUCGUCUUGGAUGGUGAGAAAGGGUCUUUUCGCUCCUUUGGCGAACGACACUAAGCUGUUUAGUGUUUCUCUAGCUCUCUUUACCAAAGGUUGGGUGCCUAAUAAUAUUAAGAAGAAGUUGGUUAGAUCAGUAGUGUUGGAGAGAGGGAAUGAUGUUGAUCAUAGUAAGGUGGUUGUUGUGAGGGAACAGGUGACUGUGAGUCAAGAUGGAAGUGGGAAUUUCACAAGUAUAAACGACGCCGUUGCGGCUGCUCCUAACAAAACCAUGGGAUCUGGAGGAUACUUCGUGAUACAUGUGAAGGCAGGGGUUUAUGAAGAGUAUGUUUCCAUUGGUAAAAAUAAGAGGUACUUGAUGUUGAUUGGAGAUGGUAUAAAUCAGACUGUUAUUACUGGUAACCGAAGUGUUGUUGAUGGUUGGACCACUUUCAAAUCAGCAACAUUUGCCGUCACCGGACAAGGUUUCGUGGCGGUGAACAUAACAUUUCGAAACACUGCCGGAGCAAGCAAGCACCAAGCGGUAGCAGUUCGAAACAGUGCCGAUUUAUCUGCUUUCUACAGCUGCAGCUUCGAAGGCUACCAAGACACACUCUACACCCACUCCCUCCGCCAAUUCUACCGCCAAUGCGAUAUAUAUGGCACCGUAGAUUUCAUCUUCGGCAACGCCGCCGUAGUUUUCCAGAACUGCAACCUAUUCCCUAGACUUCCAAUGAACGGACAAUUCAACGCCAUAACCGCUCAAGGCCGAACCGACCCGAACCAGAACACCGGGAUUUCGAUCCACAACUGUACGGUCAGAGCCGCAGAUGACUUAGCGGCUUCGUCUGGUGGCGGAGGCAAUGCGAAGACUUAUCUGGGUCGGCCAUGGAAGGAGUAUUCUAGAACGGUUUAUAUGCAGUCUUAUAUGGAUAAUGUGGUUGAUGCGGCGGGUUGGCGAGAAUGGAAUGGUGAUUUUGGUUUGAGUACGUUGUAUUAUGCUGAGCAUGAUAAUAGAGGGCCGGGAUCGGAGACGGCGAAGAGAGUGACGUGGCCUGGUUAUCACGUGAUUAACGCUACCGACGCUGAGAAUUUUACAUUGUCGAGUUUUUUACUGGCAGAUAAUUGGUUGCCUCAGACGGGCGUAGCUUAUACUAAUGGUUUAAUAUGACAGCAAAAACUUUUUCACGUACUCGAUCGAUAUAUAUAUAUCUCAGUUAACACACAUAGAUAUAAUGUAGGUAUAGAAAAUUAUGAGUGUAUGAGUUAUAUACUGUGUAACUGUUAUUGCAACAUGUGAAACUCCAUAUUGAUUUAUAGCAAUAUUAAUAUGUCAUUUUGUUGGACCAUUUAAAAUAUAAAAUAAAUAGCAUUUAGUGA